GCAGCAAAACCACUCGACCCAUCGCCGGCCGAAGUCGCGCACGCAGUCAAGCAACCAUGUGCAGGGUCGCCAUCACGAUCCCGUCGCUCGUCUGCCUGCGCCGCGCCGUGCGGCGGUGGCGGUCCCGCUCCCGCACCGCCGCCGCGCGGGCCGCCUCCUCGCGCUCCGGCAAGAAUAAUGGAGACGCCACGGUGCCGGCGGGCCACGUGGCGGUGUGCGUGGGGGGCACCGGCGGCGGCGAAGGCGAAGGCUCGACGGGGCCGAGGCGGUUCGUGGUGCGGCUGGCGCACCUCACCCACCCGGCGUUCCUGGAGCUGCUGCGGCAGGCGGAGGAGGAGUACGGCUUCCCGGCCGCGUCCGGCCCCAUCGCGCUCCCCUGCGACGAGGACCACUUCCUCGACGUCCUCCACCGCGUGUCCUCGGCCUCACCGGCCUCCUCGUGCUGCUGCGGGCCGGCCGUCUCGCGGCGCGGGCGCGGCGACGCGCGGCCGCUGCUGCAGGGGAUGGCCGUCGAGAAGCUCGUCUGGUGAUGACCCACCGUCCAUCGGCGAGCUGCUGGUGAUUCGUUCGAACUGUGCAAGACUGCGAGCGCACGCAUAAACAAGCAAGUCGGCAGCGGCAGCUAGCGCGCGGGAGAAAGACGAAAGCGACUCGUACGGCUGGCGCUGCCGGGAAGACCGUGCGCGGGCGGACAGGCCGCAGCAAGCGCUGGGGCAUCGGAGAGUAGAGGCGUCCUCCUCCUCCUCCCGUGCUCUGCGUAAAGGCGAUGGCCGUGAGGGCAAAUGGGGAAGGCACGGACAUUGUAACCAGCAGGAGUUCUUGACUUCUUGUACGGAUUGUUUAGGAGCAAGUAGAUGAGUAGGAAUUGGUUGAAGAGGGCAAUUUUUUUUUUUGGUAUUCUUCUUGUCUCUGUAAUAACUCUGUCGAUUGGGAGUUAAAAAAACACUGAUCGAUUGCGCAACUCUUUACCGGUAAUAAACAAAGAAGUGUUUCUUUUAGAACCA